AGUCUUAGGUCUAGCUACUCGUGAUACAGCCGUCUCUUUGACAUCACUUACCAACCAAUUCAAUCUCCAAACAUUACCAUGUCUUCUCAAGCAAACAACAACAACGACAAUGCCAACAACGGCAUUCGGCCUCCUCGCCCGGAGGACUUCUUCGCCUCCUUCUUCCCGGGUCUGAACCCGCCCACCGGCAGCGGUGUUGAUCAUCGCGGCAACGACUUCUUUACCCACUUGGCCGGUGCCUUUCACCCUCCUCCUCCUCCGCCGCAUGCUGGCCCCUGGGGCGGUCCUACUUUCAGCGGUGACUUUGAUGACUGGAACCCUUGGUUGCACCACGGGCCCCCAAGGCAUCCUCGUCGUGGGGGCGGCCCUCAUCGCCAUCGUCAGGGCCACGGCCAUGGCCCUGGACCCCGAGGCCAUCACGCCAGGGACGAGCAGCAGCAGCCUCGUGAUGCGGCCCCUGCCAACGAAGACGUACCCGAUCCCGCAGAAGUGACGCCCGACGAGGACUCACCCUCUUCCUCCCCAGGUGGAGCUCGCCAGUGCCCGCGCCGUGAGCAACAAUUCAACCCCUGGGCGAAUGCUGCGCAGAGGGUGAGCGAGGCUUUGAAGAACCACCUUCAGAACUACAACAAUGCUGCCUCCUCCUAUACCACGAACAACGGUCCCAAGAAUGCCGACAAUGAUGUCGACUGCUUCACUCCCCCCAUGGACCUUUUCGACGCCGUCACGACUUAUACCCUGCACAUUUCCCUACCCGGUGCAAAGAAGGAAGAUGUCGGUAUCUCCUUCGACCCCGAGACCGCCAAGCUGUCCAUCUCCGGAGUCAUCCACCGCCCCGGCGACGAAGAGUUCCAGAAGACGCUUGUAGGCAAGGGCGAGCGUACCGUGGGCAUGUUCAAGCGCGAGGUUGAGCUGAAGGAUGAGGUGGACGCGGCGGGUAUCACCGCCAAGAUGGAGGACGGCAUCUUGAUUGUGACCGUGCCGAAGGUCGAGAAGGGGUGGACUGAGAUCCACAAGAUCGAAAUCGAGUAAGAAGAGAUACUCUAGACACUGGUGGACAAGGUGAUUAGCGAUGUUGCUUGGGUUCUUACUGGAAUUUGCAAGAUUAGCGUUAGAUAAUCAGGUUCUGAAAUAUGCACUUAAUCAACAAUGAAAGAUAUGGUAAUAAUCUUGCCGUGCCAGUCUCGUGGACUUGGAGUGGUGGUAGUGACAUGUCGAGCAGCCAGACCAAUGUUUAGUAGUGUUUGAUAAAGCCUUUCCACGAUAAUGACUUAGCCACCCACUAUUAUCUCACAAGGGGACAAGACAUCGACGGUCGCAACGUUUUGUCGAUCUAGCUCAGGAUAUCACUAG